UUAAUGGCAUUUUCGUAGAUAAAAUGCAGGUGUGGGGUUAAAAUCUCAAAAAAAAAGGAGUCAAAAGAAAAGGUUAGUUUUCUGUUUGACUCCAAGUUUUGAGUCACUUUUGCAAAAAGCCCAUAUUUAUUUUAACAUUUUGGUAGAUGAUUGAAAACAAUUAGUUUUGGUUAUAAUAAUUAUUAAAUUUAAUAAAUUUAUACUACUAUUUAAAAGUUAAACAUAGCUGGUGAUAUUUUUAAUUAAUAAUGUAAAUAUUAAUAAAUAAUUGAUAAGAUACUUAUGUCCACAUGUGCGAACAAACACCUAGCUAGGUUUAAUAUUUUAUUAUUUUAGUCCUCAAACCAGUCGUAUCCAUCAAUUUUUCCUUUUAUUUAAUAUUUGUUUUAGGGAAAAUUGGAAAAAAAGAAACACUUUCAACUUAGAUUCGUCUCUCUAAAACUUUAGCUACAUCUUUUGUCAUAUUAGGAUUUUAAUUUCCGUAAAUACCGUUAUACCCUCAAAUUAAUCUAAAUUAUAUUAUAUUUAUUAUAUUUAGAUAUUUCAAUUCUUAAUAUAAUUUUAUAAAAUAAAAAGGCUAGAAUAGAUAAAAGGAAUCCGUAGACCUAAUUACCUUCUUGUCUUCUCCGCCUAUCUCCUUCCUCUCUUCAAUGGUGAUUCACUGUUCUUCAUCGGGUAAAACUCAUAGUCUCAUAUCUAUGUUUCUUCUUUUCUAUUUCUUCUUCUCGUUUUACCCUAAUUUUUUUUUCACUUUAUACUUCUUCUCCUCCCUACCUUCAACAUGUAUCAAUGGCGAUUUAGGGUAAGUGGAGAAUCCUUGUCUAUUCAUCGUAAAUCAUUAAUAUUUUCGUUUCUAAUCUGAUUUUUGUGUUACUCCUCUUUGUUUUUAGACACAAUCAACAAAAAAGGUAAUUGACGUGAAGCUUCGAAAAGAGGAAGCAAGACGAAAGAAAGGCAGUAAACAGAAUGAGUCAAAACAAAUAUCUAGAAAAUCCAAAGUUGUGCCUGCUUCAGAUGCCAGUGCCGAGUUACUAGCAUCAAUACAAAAACGUCAAGGGGAGAAUAACCAGACAAGCAUGAGUGAAAAGUUCAAUCCUAAUGAAGAUGCAGCACUGAAGAGUGUUAUGAUGAGGGGUUUGAAUUGGUCUCCUCCUCUAAGUAAAGAACUGGUGAUGCCAGUCUUUUGUUCAACGUGAAUCAGCCCAAUUGACAAAGUUCUCAGACUCGUUAGCUGCCAGACAUGCAUCACAUUUUUCUAUAGCGAAUCAACGGUGGUUUAAUAACAAAAAGAUGGUGAUGGGUCACCACAUUUUCUGGUUAAACCCAAAGAUUUUACAAAAGAGAAAGAAUCCACCGGGUGACAGUGAAAAAACAAAGAGUUAACUACUGCAGGAGGAAACUUAGAUGUAAUGCUAAAAGAACAUGAAAGACACAUUUUGUUAGCUGUUUGAGUGGAUAAGAAGACUAAUAGGGACAGGCUCAAGCGUCUCUUGCUGCAAAUGACAUCAGACAAGAAUCUUUUAGGAAUAAUCAGAAGAAAAAAAACGUUUGAGGUUUCACAACUUAGGUUGAUCUUUUGGUGAGGUCUUGUGUAAAGUUGAAAGCUAAAAUUAUAAACCCAAGAAACUUUAAUGUUAACUUUUUUGUAUUCUCAUCUGAUUUGCAAUUGUUGCUUAGAGAUUAAAUUUUGAAAAGAUAUUGAAAUUCAAGAACAUGAUUACUGAUCUCAAACCCUGAAAAUGAGCCAAUGAAAAUCUCUAUUAUGAUUACGAUAUGUUGAAGUUCUUAAGCGAUUUAUUUGUACUCUUAUGGGUUGUCCUACCAAAAUAGAGAAGAUAUCAUUAGAGAGAAUAGAUGAUUAUGUCGACGAAGAAGAGAGAAACACAAAGAACGAAAAGAAAAAUAUGUGGGAGGAGAAGAAAAACGUGGGAGCAAAUAUUCUAUGAAAGAUUUAAGGUAGAUUUAGUUUAGAUUUAGAAAACAUAUUUAACAGAAUAUGGAAAUUUCCAUAUUUUCCGGAUUUGCCUAGAAUAUAUAUCCUAGCUUACGCAGAACAUUGUAGAGUAUAUGAGAAACAUAUCCUUAAGCGCCACAUAAUGUAAAAGGCAGAACAUUUUAUGGCACAAAAUAUAGAUAAUGUAUAUCACUGCGUUGUGGCUAUAAGUCGUUACCAAACUGUAAGUAUAUUGAAGACAUCUUUCUUGAUUAUAACGUUUCGAAAUAUAGCUGUGUUAGAAUAUAUAAGAAAUGCUAGUUUUCGUUGUAUACCUAGUAUAUAUCUAUGUAUAAAACUUAGUAUCUGAUUUCUAGACUAAGUAGAUGACCAGAAUGAGUAUUCUAAUAUUGUAGAUAAAAGAUAAAAUAAAAUAUGAUUCUACUUUUUUACAAAAAAAUUUUAAACAUAUAUAUUGUCAUACUUAUAUUUCCAAUAGUUUUCAUAUUUUUUUAACAUUUUUAAAAUUCAGUUUACUAUUUUUCCCAUAAAAAAGGUAAAAUAUGUCCAGAAUUGCCCAAAAUAUCAGAAGUACUAAUGUAACAAAUAAAAAUUCAAAGUGUUUCAUUUUUUCAAUUUUUCCUAUUUUUUAUCACUACAUUAAAAUUUAAAAUCAAAAGAAAUCUUAAGAGGAUAACAAUAGCAGCAUAGCAGUCUGAACACAUAUAGAUUAGUUUUAGUUUUGAUUUUGAUUUUAAUUUUAAUUUUAAUUAUAUAAGAAAAACAUAUAUCAGCGCAGCCUAAACUAGGGUUUUGUACCAAACAUGGAGCAACAAGAUCAAAAGAAGAACAGAAACGACUACAAAGGAUGCUUUCCUAUCGAUCUAACCUCAGAGAUACUUUUGAGGCUACCUGAGAAAUCUGUCGCGAGGUUCCGUUGCGUGUCAAAGCUUUGGUCAUCAAUAAGCACCGAUCCAUAUUUCAUCAACUUGUUCGAAACUCGGUCCCCACGGCAAACUAUUCUACUCUGCGUCAGAAAAUAUGACCGUCUGUUUGUUUCCUCGAUUCCGCAGCAUAAGCACAUGCAUACUCUUCAUCAGAGUUCUAACAAGUCUUUCUCAUCUUCUCAGCCUAUUAGUUGUUAUAAUAUGAAGUUCCCAGAAACUAAUGGUUUAUAUCCUACAGAAUCUGUCCACGGCUUGAUCUGUUUCCAGGAAUCAGGAAAGCCCGUAGUUUGGAACCCUAGUAAGAAAGAGUUUGUAACCUUACCCAAGCCAAGAAAGAGCUGGAAUGAUAUAACAGUUUUCUUAGGAUAUGAUCCAACCCAAGGUAAACACAAAGUAAUGUGCCUUCCUUGUAACAGAAGUACUGAUGUGUGUCGAAUCUUAACAUUGGGAUCAGCUCAAGAAUCAUGGAGAACGGUCAAAACUAACCAAAACCAUCGUUCUUCCAUUAAUACUAUUGGGCGAUGUAUCAAGGGGGUUAUAUACUAUCUAGCCUAUAUUUUUCACAGUCGUCUUCAGGUUAUAAUGAGUUUCAAUAUCAAAUCUGAAAAAUUCGAUAUGAUACCAUUACCACUGGAAGAUAUAGAUAGAUCUUUUCUGAUAACUUAUGUGGGAAGGUUAGCUUUUGUUGAUAAAAAAAGUCCUGGAAGAAUGUUUAUUUUGGAGGAUGCAGAGAGACACAAGUGGUCGAGCCAAAACUUCCUUGCAUGUUUACGUCACCGUGAUGUGAUUACUUCACAAUAUUUGCAUUUAGGAGGUUCUACCCAUGCUGGUGAGCUUGUUUAUUUAGCUCCCUAUUUUAAAAAAUUGUCAUAUAUUCUAUUUUGUGAUCCCGUGAGAAACAGCUUUAGAAGAUUUGAAUUUAAAGGAAUCGCAGAAGACGAAUCUUGGCUCAAUGCAGAUCAAGAUGUACCACUUUUCUCUCCUAUGAGUCCUCUCCAUAUUUUUCCAAAUCAUACUGAGAGUCAAAUUUCUUUGUAACAAUUUGUUGCUUUUUUUGGUUGGCUUUGUUUCUUUUUAAAUUUAUGUUAUGUUUUUUCCAUAUAAUUUUCUCAUUCUUUGCUUUAAUUCUAUGCGAUUCAUUACCAAUUUGCGGGUACUAUCUAAUUCAAAAGUAGUAGAGGAAUUGCAUCAUAAAUUUGCAAGUAUUUACCCUCCGCUCAAAUGGAUUCG